UUUCGUUCACAGUGUUUUAAAAGUGAUUUCCUAAAAUCGCUUAUUUUUAUUAGCUGUUGUGGAAAAUGUUGAAUCUAAAUUUGCUGGUUAUUCUGGGCCUUUGUUGCCUAAUCAAUACCUUGCCCGUGCAGAAAAGCGUGCCUAUUGUUUUAUCGGAAAAUCAACGAAACCAGACUUUGGUAGAUCCCUCUGCAGCGUUGGACAGAAAAUUGGUAGCGGAGUUCGGACUCUUUGGAAAACUAAUGCCAAUGGUGGCAACGAAGCUUCCGGAUAAAAUAGAUACAACCAAAAUAGCUAGUACUCGACCUCAUGGUAAAUGGAACAGGUUGACGACCUCUCUGGCAGAUCCGCCCGUCCACGAAAGUGAUUUAUAUAACUUGGCUAAGAAAUUGGUAGUGAAAUCCAAGCCGAAGUCCGGAUUGGGCCUCCGACUUUUCGGUAACCCCGGGUCAAUUUCGACUUCGAGGGUUUUGGGUACCGUUAGUCCAACCCUAAAGGAUUUUCCCCGCCUACCUGCCAAGAGAAAGUUCCCUAACUUUUGGAAAAAGUCGGAAGAAAAAGAAGCGACUGAAGUUGAUGAAAGCUUAAAGGGAAAGGAAAGCGAAGGGACUGAAGCAGAAGCCGCUGCAGAUCAGCGCAAAGGAAAACGACCUCGCUACCGAGGAAAAGGAUUGCGGAAAAAAACAGGCGACGGAAAAUUCGAGGGCUAUGAGGUCACGGAACUAACUGUCCAAGUGCCCAACAUGCAGACCGAUCGACAUGGAAACUGGGUGUACAAUCCGUGGGGAGUGACAUAUGGCAGACCGUUCAUGGACCCGCGAUUCACGAAGGGCUGGGAUGCCGAAAAGCACGGCAGGGUUCGCUACCGCGUCGAAGAGGAAAGUGGGUUGGCUCACGCUUACCUUCCCCAUCGCGCACCGAUGAGCACCGUGUGCCUGGGCAGAUCCACCAUCUACAACUACCCCAAGGUCUUCUUCUGGCUCAACCGGAUGAUUCACAACGUCUCCUUCGACCACCGCACCAUCUGGAUGGAUCUGCGUCGCGAGCUGUAUGUCUAUGGCAGAUCGGAGGAGUGCCACACGGUCAACUACACGGAUUGGCGCGAGUUCCAGGAGUGCAGCCUGCGCCGGAACCAGCGGAUGGAGUACAUGAUUCCGCAGUAUCCACUGCACCAGAUUGGCUACCGGAAGUACUACCACAAGAAGCAGGCGGCGGGCGGGCAGAUCGAGGAUGACGAAGAUGAGUUCGGCGAUGACUUUUAGGGCUCGCUGUAUUUUACCAAAUGAGGAAAAUAUUAAAUGGCACUUAUCUCGGAAAAAUA